UGAGGAUCGAGGGAGAAGUUGCAGCAACCUUGUUCUCAACGAGAUCCAAAGUCGAAACGCUCUGUAAAACUGACGGCGCACCACUCGAUAUAGCCAGCCAGGCAACACUAGUCUCUUGAUACGACUGGCACGGGACUCUAUGCCAUGACCUCCCCUUCCUCUCACUCGUCUCCUCCACCUCGGAACAUCCCGAUCCCUUUGGCUCGAGCCGAGCGUCUGGACGCCUUGAGUGCGUCCUCUGGAGUAUGGGAGCGCGGCGGCGUCAGUGUCAAUUCUCGAAGCCCACCCGUGUCUAGCUCCCACCUCUCGAGUAGCCCGAGAGCUGCGAUGGUGUCACCUGGUGCACAGCGAGAGCAUAGUUUGGUCGGUGGGAUUGCAUCGGCUCUCGACAAGAUCGACCUGGACCCACGGGAUCAGAGCCGAAAGAAGGGCGAACUUCAAGCCAGCCUAGAUCGUGCGGCCAAGGGCGAAAGACACAAUUCUCAGAUGUCGUCUUCGCGUCGAUCCUCGGGGUCUGCUCACAGCUCCGAUUUCAAGCUGUCCCGCGACGCAGCGCCUUUCCGGCCCGGGUCCAGCAUGAUCUCCCCCUCCUUGCCCACUGCGAACACCACGUCCACCGCAUCUUUCGUCGACGUCCCGCCUAGCUAUAUUGGCAUGCCUUCCGCGAAGGAUGAUCUACAGCCAUACGAGCUUAAACCUCGCCAGGGUCUAGAAGGAUACGGAUUCAGGCCGCGAUCGGGAGCUUCCACCCCGACGACCGGGAUGGCUCCGGCUCAUCAGAUCCCGCGCAUGACUCCAACUGUCAAUUCCUCUUCUACCACCCAGUCCGCAUGGCAGGGUAUCGGAUUUCCGCACACUUCACAAAGUGAUCCUGUAGCUUCGUCAUCAUCGGCGGGGUCAUCCGGUCGACAGCCGAAACGAACUCUCGGCAGCAUGCACGAGCAAGAGGUCGACUAUCUCGACGAGAUGGAAGACAACGCCGGAGACCUGCUCGGAAAGGGCACAUCAGGAUUCGAUGACGUUGAGGACCGUGGUUACGGGUUCGGCCAGCCGGGUCAGAACCCAAUGACGGCUUCAGAGAUCGCCGACUCGGAAGGUCUGGGAUGGCCGGCAAAGUUGACCCAUCAAAGAUUGCAUGCGACUCCGGAUCAGCAGGCUGCCAACUUGCUGCGACUCAGCGGCGCUGUCAGAACGGUCCUAGAAUGUAUCGGGGAAGACCCAGACCGAGAAGGAUUGGAAAAGACGCCAGAGAGAUAUGCCAAGGCGUUACUCUGGAUGACAAAAGGUUACGAGGAGAGGCUGUCAGAGAUUUGUAAUGAUGCCAUCUUCAAGGAGGAUCACGACGAGAUGGUCCUGGUUAGAGACAUCAAGUUGUUUUCCAUGUGUGAACACCACAUGGUCCCGUUCUUCGGCACGAUUCACAUCGCCUAUGUCCCCAACAAGUACGUUAUCGGUCUGUCCAAGCUGGCACGGAUCGCGGAAACCUUUGCGCGGAGACUUCAAGUCCAAGAACGUCUCACUCGCCAGGUGGCGCUUGCCAUCAACGAAGCCAUCCGACCCAGAGGUGUUGCAGUCGUUAUGGAAGCGGAACACCUCUGCAUGGCUAGUCGUGGCGUUCAGAAGCCGGGCGCGUCAACAGUAACGAGCGUCAUGCUAGGUUGCUUCAGAACCCAACACAAGACUCGUGAAGAAUUCUUGACGCUUAUCCGACACAAAUAAGUCUAUACGUCACUCCCAAAUAUGGAUACACGUCUCGAAACCCAUAUACGAUCUUUACAGCGCAUCUCAGGAGGAAAUAUACCUUGACCGUACAUAUUAAUACCCCUUUCAACCGGUUGUAUAUAUUCUUGCGAGGAAAAAUCAACGAGCCUCACGCAUCUAAUGACAUAACCACGUUCAAAGCGCCAUCAUGCAUGCUACAU